AAUAAUUAUGUGUGUGUAGCUAUAGCAAUACUAUCACGCAUAAAAUUCUGGAAUCUAGCUGCAUAAUUCAACUGUCCGGGGGAAUCCACACCGUCAACACGAUCACCUGUAAUAUGUAUUUUUCAUGGAACAUUACAUCUACAUUGAUCGUCUGGUUAAUUUGAAUCCCGUUUUAUAAGGGAGAAAUAUUGGGGUUUGUAUUGACCGGCUGAGUUCACGACUGGAGCAUCAAAAUGGCAACCAAUCAAUGCUCAACCAUUGCACCUAUGUUCGUCGAUCACAUAGAAGUAAUAUCUGAUGACACAGGUCUAAUCGUCAUGAUGUCCAUCACAUCAGCUAUCACAAUCCUCCUCAUCAUUGCAUUCAUUGAAUCUGUUGUCUUCGUAGCAACCAAGAUUCCUCAUAGAGAUCGUUCCAUUAGUCUUAUAUGGAUGCUCGCCAUGUACCCGAUUUUUGUGAUGACGUCACAGAUGGGUCUUUUCAUCCCACGGGCCGUCUUGAUGUGUAAUCUGACUGCAUCCAUCUUCUUUUCGAUCAGCCUCUACCAAUUCUUACAGUUGAUCAUCUAUUACUAUGGCGGCCAUGAUGCUACGGUGGUCAAGAUAAGUGAGAUUCAAAUACUAGGCAAACUACAACUUACUGAGGAGAGCUUUUAUCGGCUUAAAAUUUGCAUCUAUCAAAUGGCCUUACUCCGUCCAGUAGUUCUAUUCAUUGAAGACAUCUUGUGGUUGAAUGAAUCUUACGACACCAGCUCGAUCAGUGUCAAUGACGCCUACGUCUAUCUCAACCUCUUCACUUUCCUAUCAUCACUCGUCGCCAUCUUCGCCCUGGUCGUUCUCUUCCUCGCAUCACGAGAGCAUCUCAAGGCUUUCUCCAUCACCAUCAAAUUUGUGAUUGUCGGACUCGCCUUGUACUUCAGUAACAUCCAGAUUCUCCUCUUCGAUGUGCUCACAUUGACUGACGUCAUCAAGUGCUCCAAGCCAUUCGAUUGGGAGACAAGAGGAAGUAGUUGGCAAUGUCUCUGUCUGGUGGUCGAAUCGGCACUCCUCUUCCCAAUCACUCUACGAUACUUCAGAACCAGGCAUGGUAACAUGGUGGGUGUGCUUCAAAUACCUCGAAUCGCUUUCACCAAAUCUCCAUCCGACCACUUCAACCCCUCUUUUAACUACAAAGGAUUUUACGGGGGAACGCCCCCAAAGAACCCUCAACUUGAAAGAGUAAGGGCGGAAACCGAAGAUAGUCUAACUAAACCCAGGAGCUCUUCCUCUAUUAGCUUUAAUUCUUACAUCGCCAUGUGAAUCGAUGAUUAGUUUGUAACCAAGUAUCUAUCAUCAUUAUCAUUAUCAUUAAAAAAAAAAAGAUUUUCAUACUGAAAUAAAAUAAGCGCACAGUAAUCAAUGCCUAUGUAUUGUAUAUGAUAUGGUAGAGUCAAGAUUUGAUAAAAUUGUACUAUUCAUGAUUGCUUUUAACUAACAAUAAGACAGAACUCUCUCUUAAUUCAAGUUUUAUACGAUCCUCAGAACUUUUUUUUAUAGUAAUUAUUUAUUUGUAUAAUUUCUUAAAAGAUUUGGUUGUCGUGUGUUCAACCACCCACGUUCAAUUAGACCAAGUUUGAGUAUAAUCCACCUUCACUUUCUAUUUCACUUUUGGUUCAGUCGCCGGUUAUUCAUAUACAACUGUCUGUCUAUAUGAAUUUAUCUGUUCAUGAUUACUUUCAAUAAUUGUAGCAUUGGAUUUGAUUUAAGUUGAUGUAUGGUGUCAAUUUCUGUACCGAGCAUACUGGUGCAAGUAUUCUGUGUAACAAACAAAAAUGGCAUAAUGCUUUAGAACAUAAAAACUAAUUUAAAAUGUCAUUAUUGUGGGACAAUAAGAGUAAGCAAGACUAUUGUCUUGAUGUGCUUUAUCAGGUCAUCAUACGAAAAAGAAAUAGGAAGAACGACUUUUAAAUUGUAAUAAAUAAGUGAAGGGAAGAAAGAAGCAUUAUUACAUUUUUUAAUGGUUGAAGAAUUGCUUUAUUGUACACAUAAUUAUCAUGCAGCUACUCGCACCUGCAUAUAUUAUUGUAAUAGUGGAUGAAUUUAAAUGUUUGCCAAUAAGUAAACACAAUUUUUUUCUCCUUAUUUUGCGCCAGAUCGUUGACAGUUACAUUACAAUAGAUGUAUUUGAAAUUAUAUAAUAGUACUUUUAAACUUCGAGAUGUAGUAUGUUAUUUUGGCAAGAUAAAAUAUGAAAAGUAUGACGUGAAUCACAAGGAAUGUGUACAUUUAGAAAAAAAACUGAUCUAGUAUGAUAUACGCAUAACAUCAUUGCUGUAAUGGUCUCUAUGUCUGGUUGAAAGGCCAUUAUUAACAGUUUCUGAAAUAUUAUUGUUCCAUGCUACGAAGAGUAAACAGUUCUCUUCAUUUAAAGAAGCCUUGUUAGCUUGCUUUGUAUAUGAUGAUGAAUGUACAUUUUUAUUUAGUUGAACUAAUGAUGAUGAAUCAGAACAUGACGCAUUCUGUAAAAAGAUUAUGCAUGUUUUCAAUGUUCUCAAUUUUUUGCAUUUUUAAAUAAAUAACUAC